GAAGAGGUGGAUAGGAUUUUGUACGAGAUAACGGCUGGUGAAUUGGGUAAGGCGCCAUCAGCUGUCAGAGAUACGUUGGCAAUUGAGCCAGAAAGUGUGCUGGCUGGUGCAGAAGCGCAAGCUGUUGAUUACGACGAGAUGCGGGCGAGGCUUCAGUCGCUCAAGAACUAA